AUGUCGGCUCAGGUACUACCCAAGAAGCGAACUACAAGCAAUAGGAGGGUGGGUUCUUCUAGUAGCACAAGGGUAUCGUCCGACGUGCAAAAUACCUUGUUCUUUUCCCCAAGCCAAAGACAUUCCUCUCAUAAGAGAAUAUUAUCUAAUAAUAACAACAACCAUAACAACCAUAGCAACUAUAACAACUAUAACAACAAUGCUGGCUUAGCUAAUGCUGGCUCGGCUAAUCCUGGCUCAAACAACAGUGUCAAUGGGAAAAGAGUCGUCCUGAAUAGAAUAAUCUCCCAAUCGCGACACGUGAGCCGUAGCCUCGCCCUGGAUGACUCCUUUGAUGACCCAGGCAUUGGGUUUAACGAAAACAAGCACCAGAUUUUAUCAAAUUUCGAAGAAUGGAUAAAACUAUCAACAGAUAAUAAAAUCACUACUAAAAACUCAUGGCAAUUCGCUCUUAUAGACUAUUUUCACGACUUGAACGUGAUUAAAGAUGGCGAUCACAUAAAUUUCCAAAAAGCAUCGGCAACUUUGGAUGGGUGUAUGAAGAUUUACGCAAAUAGGAUCGAUUCGGCAGCAACAGAAACGGGGAAAUUACUAAGUGGAUUAGCAACAAAGCAAGCAAACGAUAUAAAUCUGCAUUUGAAUAACAAUAACAACAACAAUAAUAUUGAUGUUAAUUAUAGAAGGGGAGAAAAUGGAGAAAUAGAAGGAGUCACCAAUGAUGACGGUGAUGGUGAUGAUGGAGAAUCAGCAGGUCAUGAUGGAGAUACAGAAGAUAACGAAGAUAGUGGCGGGAAAAAGAAGAGGAAAAUGAAUAGAGUUGUUGAAUCUACAUUGGUUGAUUUCGAAACAAUUCGAAUAAAAAAAUUAGAUGAAGAAUUGUCAAUUGAUCCACUAUUUAAAAAGGCUUUAGCUGAAUUUGAUGAAGGUGGUGCUAAAAGCUUGCUUCUUAAUACUUUGAGUAUCGAUUCUCUGGGGAGAGUGGUGUUUGAUGCAACAUCGAACCAACGAAAACGCACUGAAAACAAAGAUGCUGCUUGGCUGGAAGCAGAAAAGGAAAAGGAAAAGGAAGACGACAUUGACAUUGACAUUGAUUUGGAAAGUCUACUGGAGCUAAUAUACGCAGAAACAAAUGGCAUUCAAUUUCAAGAAAAGAGUCUUUGUCCUUCGAUAAAUGAAUUUCAGUCUGCGCUAGAGGAUGUAAACAAAGCAAGGAAUAUUUUCAAUGAUUUCAAUAACAAAAUAGGAGUAGUAGCUACUGCUCAAGACAUUGCAAAUUCUGCGAAUGAGGAGCUUUACCAAAUGGUGGAUGACGAUAAUGACUAUGGCGGCGGAUUUGAUGACUAUGACCCAGUGGGCGAGAAUGCAGAAAACGGCCACAAUGAUUUUGCUGACUACAUCAAUGAAAGUGUGAUGCAUAAGCUAUUUGAAGAGGAUACUACAGCUUCUGGUCCUCAACUGAGACCCCCCGCAGCCCUUUUGGACGAAGAUUUGAUGAAUUAUUUUGAUGAAAAAAUGAAAUUGAAUUGGACAGGACCAGAGCAUUGGAAAGUGUCUGCUUUUAAAAAGGCAAAUAAUAUAGAUCAAUCGCAUGAUAAAAAGGUUACACCAACAAUUUCCAACAAAAAGAAAAAGGAGAGAUGUGUGAUUGAGUUUUUUGAAAUAAAAAAUGAGGAUGAAGAUCUUCUUUUUAAAUCACAUAGGGAUCCCAAUUUCAUCAAUUUGAAAACGACAAAUGCUUUUGAUAAUUCCGAUAUAGAGAUACUACGAGAGCUAGGCGAGAAAAACUGUUUACCAAAUGAUAUACAAUUUAAUUCUUUAAGACUAAUAAGCUUGAUUCAAAAGCCACGAGUACAGAUUAUGCACUACCCUUCACGAUCAACAAUAGCAAGGGAGUCGGAAUCUGGGCAGAUGCAAACUUUUACCGAUUCGAAAUUCUUUGCAGACCAAUAUAAGGAACGAGAAAGUCAAAAACAACGAGAAGAAGAAGAAGAAAGAAGAAAAGCUGAGGCUAAAUUAGCAAACUCCUUUAAUCAAGAUGACUACGAUGACUUUGAUAAUGAAUACAAUGGACUUGAUUUUAAUGACGCUUUAGAGUGUGCCAACACAGAAAUGCCCCACGCUUCUAUGACAGAUGGUGGUGGUGCUGAUGGUGGUGCUAGUGGUGGUGGUGGUGGUGGUGGUGCAGGUGCAGGUGGUGUUGGAGAUGCAGGUGCCAGUGGAGGCGAGCUGCAAAGUCAAUAUAUCUCCUCCCAGAUUCCUCGAUUGAAUGAGGGUUUGAUUACUAAAAGAAAAUCAGAGUUUGUAAAUUUCUCGCGUGUCGCAAAGAGAGUUGACAUUAAGCUAUUGAAAGACAAUAUUUGGAAGGCUAUACUUGAAGGCCGGUUCAGCGAGAAUGAGGAUUCAGACCAAGACAACAGUGUAUUAAGAAGUAUCAAGUUUGACGAAGUAAUCAAGAGAAUCAAAAAGAUGUACAAAGCAGAACAAUUUAAAGAGUUGUCUACAAGCUUUUGUUUUAUUUGCGUUCUCCAUUUAGCAAAUGAACAUGGAUUGAGUAUAGAGAGUAAUGACCAGAACGAUAAUUUAUUGAUAAAAGGCUUUUAG